AUGAAGGGUCUUUGCAUCGCGGCUUUUCUGUUCAAUUGCAUCCAUGUUUGUUGCUUACAACAAGACAAAUGGGCUAUUAUAGCUAAGAACCUGGCACUCCUGCCAAAGCAUGAAGAGUGUCUGAUCGACUCUGCACAAGAUUGGGAUCCCUACCAAGGGGGAAUAAAUAUAACUUUACCCAUUGAUUAUUACGAAGAGGAGCAGGAGCAUAUUUGGGCUGCUUUCAUUGCGUCAGAGAGCCACAGCAACAGAUUGAUGUUUUCAGACCUUGUGCAGUCAAGCGAAACGUUCAACAACACAGAAGCAACCUACACUCUGUCUCAAAUCCUAUUGCAGCAGCAGUAUGGUGUUCCUCAAAGCAAGUCUUUGGCGUUCUACUUUUUGCAAAAGUUCAACAACCUCACUGACUAUGCCAAUGCCUCAGCCGUUUUCGAAGAGGGCGUAAUGCAUACCACAGGACUCUUUGGCACUAUCCCAGUCAACAUUCCCCAGGGGCUAAUACUGUAUGAAAAGGCAGCUGCGUUGGGGGACCCUAGGGCAAUAAUGGCAUUGGCUUACCGAUAUUACAAAGGUAUAAAUGUUCCUCAAGAUGAUGAAAGGGCUCUUAUACUGUACAGAGGGCUGGCUUCAGACCUGCGUGAAAGCUACACUGAUCUAGAGUGGGAGAUCUUCCAUCCUUACGUGGAGUCCUAUUAUGUUCGUAUCCCGGACUUCACAGGCGGUCUUCUGGGCAGCGAUCUAAGCCGUAAACCUUCUACCGUGACAAGGUUACGGGCAAACAGGCCCGAUAUUACAACCCCCGGGUACUCAAUUCUCAAUGGGCAGGGUGCUCGGCCUGGACCCGGGUAUCACUAUUACAAGGAGGAUGACGACGACAGCGCAAGACUCAUGGAACUAUAUUACACCGCUUUGGAUAAUUACAUGGGUACAUAUACCCAAAGACGCAAUCUCGAUGCUGCUGUACAGACAUUAAACUCCACUAUCCAAGAGUUUUCUCCUCAGAUCAAAAACAUGGACACUCUACAAAAAUUUUACUACGGCAGAUGCUUAGAGUUAUUGGGUCAUAUGCUUUUUACUGGGCAGGGAUUCCCAACUCGAGAUUUAGAUGCGGCCGAAUCAAUUCUUCUCGAUGCUGUGUCCAUGCCAACCUCCUUUGCGUCACUUGCUCAUCUAGAUCUUGGCACAAUAGAGCACUACUUUCAUAAGAACGCGACAGCAGCGCUUCAACACUAUGAAAAUAGCAGACGUGGUGAAAGUGCAUUUCAAUUACAUCAGCUGUUUAAGUCAGGCUUGCUGUCUAAAAAAAAAAACAUGCCCAUGUUCUCACUUAAAGAUGCUGUAAGAAUGGGACAGCGGCAAGCGUUUUAUGAGUUGGCCCUUGAGACUGAAGAAUCUGCUGCCGAUGGGAGGAGCACACUUGUUCAACAGUUCAAAAGAUUUGUUGAGUCACAGGAGCAACAGGUCGCACCUCAUAUGAAGGACGCAUUCUUAUCACUCCUUAGAGGUGAGACAGAGGCGGCUUUGUGGUUGUAUGCACUGGCAGCGGAACAGGGAAUCGGGAUAGCACAAAUAAACGCAGCCUUCAUACUCCAUCAGCCUCCCUACAGUCUAGACGAGCCGCCUAUAUCUCCAGUAGAGCGUAAGCACUGGGCAGCACGGUACUAUUCCCUAGCGUCUCUGGGAAAUACAAAGGAUGCACUCAUUGUUGCAGGCGACAUUUAUUUCCAAUUAGGUGACUACGAGCGGUCAGCAGCGUUUUAUGAAAGCGACACUUAUUCUCCUUUGGGUCGUUGGAAUUUGGGAUACAUGCAUGAGUAUGGGCUAGGUGUGGAACAGGAUUUCCGGCUAGCGAAGAAAUACUAUGGAAAGGCUUUGGAAUUCAAUCCAGAACUUGUCUUGGGGGUCAAGCUCUCCAUCUUGAAGCUGCAACUAAAAUCUUGGUUUGCAUGGCUCACAAGAUCAGCAGAAAGGUUUGGAUGGCUAGUGAGCGCGGAGACCACCUCUAAGAGAACAGCCAAUGAAGCCCUACACUCACGAUUGAUCAAAAAGCUCUGUAAAACUCGUUACGAAAAAGCUGAUCCGACCAUUAUCACUCCGAACUAUUAUGGACUGCCUACUUUGAAAGAUGCUGUUCUGAUAAUUGGUUUGUUUGCAAUCUUCUUGAUUAUACAAUUCGCCAGGCUGGCUCGGGGCUUGUUGGCACGUCGUCGCAGAAACCAAUUUGGAGGUAUAAACUUUCCUCUAUGA